AGAAAAAAGUUAAGAUUAUUAAAAGGAAAGAAGAAAAUAAGAACUUAACUUAUACAGAUUUGGCCAAAGAAUAUGAUAUUGAUAGAUCUACAAUAAGCAAUAUUUUGCGAGAUAAAAAUAAUCAUCUUCAGUUAUAUAAUACUACAUCUGCUUAUAUACAACAACAUGUUCACUUACAAAAUAGACAGUUUCAUAUUAUUGAUAAGGCUGUUUAUAAGUUAUUUUUAGAACUACAUUCUCAUAAUGUUCCUGUAUCUGGAUUUCAACAAAGAUUUGGUAUUAGUUCAAAGACCAUAUCUGGAGAAAGUGAAUCAGCUAAUAAAGCUGCAAUUGAAAGUAGACGAUGCCAUUUUCAAGAAUUACUUAAUAAUUAUUAUCUUGAUAAUAUUCUUAAUGCUAAUAAGACAGGCCUUUAUUUUCAUCUUGGACCAAAUAAAACACUUGCAUCUAAAAAUGAUACUGCUAAAGAAUAUAAAAAAGACAAGUCAUGUCUUACUAUACUUCUUUGCUGUAAUGCAUCAGGAACUCAAAAAUUUAAACCAUUUGUAAUUAGCAAAAGUGCAUGUCCAAAUCAAGUUAAUCAGUCUACAAUUCUUUUAACUGAUAAUUGUAGUGCAUAUUCAAGCCCUAAAUUGCAAAAUAUUAAAUUAAAAUUUUUACCACCUAAUAUUACAUCAGUUAUUCAACUAUGUGAUGCUAGUAUUAUUAAAAAUUUCAAAGUUAAUUAUCAUAAAUUACUAGUAACAAAAUGGAUAAAUGAAGUAGAAAUAUUGUCAUCAACAAUUGUUCACUGUUGGAAGAAAACAAAAAUACUUCUGUUAGAGAUAAAUUUAACUACUGAUACAAAUAAUAAUAAUAAUUUCGAUGAACUUGAGCAGUUAUUAGAAGAAUUAGAAAUGUCAUAUGAUUAUAUUAAAUUAUCAGCCGAAGAAUAUGUAGAACAAGGUUUGAUUAAUAAUAAAGAUUCAAAUAAUGAAGCUGAUGAUGAAGAGGAGAAAGAAAUUAUAGAUGAUUUAGUUUCAUAUAAUGAGGGAAAAAAAGCAUUAGAAGUAGCAAAAAAAUAUCUUGAGCAAUCACAAUUUGCUACUAAGAAUGAUAUUUAUUUGCUGUGA